AUGAUUCAUGCAGCUCCAUGCCGCUUCCCCUCCGGGAAAGCGUGCCCGCCGCCGCCGGCGAGAAGAAACACUGCGUGCGUCUAUUCCUCGGCCUCCGUCACUCCACGGGCUGCGCCACCUACCGCGCCCGUUAUACCCACCGCCCGCGUACUGCGCGUCCCCGCCAGCGCCCCGACGACGCCGGCGCCGACGACGGCGCCGCCUGUGUCUCCCCCCGACGGUGCCGGUGCUGUCGACUCUGCGGCCACUGCUUUCUGGGACUACCAAGGUCUCUUCGUCUCCCAGAGGAGGGAGACCUCGUCCCCGGUUUCACUACGGGCCGUCGACGGUGCGGUUCCGGCGGACUUUCCGGCCGGUACCUACUACCUGGCCGGCCCUGGCCUUUUUGCCGACGACCACGGCUCCACCGUUCAUCCUCUGGAUGGCCAUGGUUACCUCCGGUCAUUCAACUUCGAAUCUAGCGGUCGCGGUGUGAAGUACUCGGCUCGGUAUGUGGAGACUGGCGCACAGAGGGAGGAGAGGGAUGACGAGACGGGGACCUGGAAGUUCACUCACCGUGGGCCGUUCUCUGUGCUCAAGGCGGGGAAAAAGCUGGGUAACAUGAAGGUGAUGAAGAACGUGGCCAACACCAGCGUACUAGUCUGGGGGGGGAGGCUGCUCUGCUUGUGGGAAGGCGGAGAGCCCUACGAACUCGACAGAAAGACCCUCGACACGGUUGGCCUCUUCGACGUGGUCGACAAGGGGAUGAAGACGGAGAGCAGAAACGGAGAGGAAAUGGCGGCCGACUGGCUCCGUCGGCUGGGGGAGCUAGGGCUGGACGUCGCCGCCGCUCUCCUGAAGCCAUUGCUACACGGUGAGUACGAAAAACCUAACAGAAAACACUUUUCGUCGAUUCUCGACCCACUCCCCAAUGGUUCUGAUAGAAUCACGGCCGUGGGUGGCGCAGGGGUCUUCAAGAUGCCGGAGAAGCGGCUGCUGUCGCACUACAGGGUCGACGCCCGCCGGAACAGGCUGCUCAUGCUGGCGUGCAACGCCGAGGACAUGCUCCUGCCGCGCUCCAACUUCACCUUCUACGGUUAGCCGACGACCUCCCUACCGACGCCGCUGCCCAUUUCUGUCAACGCCCAAUCUUCCGACCGUUCAGCAACCUGAGCAACUUCGUUGACUUCUCUUCCGACCGUGCAGAGUUCGACUCCAACUUCAGGCUGCUGCAGAAGAAGGACUUCACCAUACCGGAUCACCUGAUGGUCCACGACUGGGCUUUCACCGAGGGCCACUACGUCCUCGUCGGCAACCGCAUUAAGCUGGACGUCUCAGGUAAGCGCCGCCGACGUUGCAGUGCAGAGUAGCUUUGUAGUGAUCUCGUAGUUCACCUCUAACUGUUAAGGGCUUCCCACGAUCAGGAUCUCUGGUGGCUGCAGUUUCUGGCCACUCUCCCAUGAUAUCGGCGCUGUCGGUAAACCCCAGCCGGCCGACGUCUCCGAUAUACCUGCUCCCGCGGUUUUCCGACGGCGAGGACGGCAGCCGCCGUGACUGGGCGGUGCCCAUCGAGGCUCCUGGUCAGCUCUGGGUGCUGCACAUCGGGAACGCCUUCGAGCGGAGAGAGGAGUCUGGAGAGGUGGAAAUCCAGCUUCAGGCUUCUGCGUGCUCCUACCAGUGGUUCAAUUUCCAGAAGAUGUUCGGUAAACCCACGAAAGCUAAAGUAGAGACGAUCUUUUUCUUCAUUCAGCGGCUGCGCGAGGGUGGAUAGCUGAAUCGUGUCCUUCUUGUAGGGUAUAACUGGCAAAGCGGCGAGCUUGACCCUUCGUUCAUGAACCCGAAGAAGGGCCGGCAGUCGUUGCUACCUCACCUGGUCAAGGUACCUCUCUUCUCGGUCGACUUGCACCGUUCAUGAUCACAUGGGGAGGAUCUUCACCCGAUCUCAUCCUGGCCGUGUCCCCAUUCAGAUGUCGAUCCGGGUGGACGGAGACGGAAACUGCCGGCAAUGCUCUGUCCGCCAGGUGUCGGACAGGUGGACCAGGCCGGCGGACUUCCCGGCGAUCAACCCGGCUUUCUCCGGCCGCGAUAACGAGCACGUCUACGUGGGGACAACAUCGGGGGCUCGCCGGUUCUUGCCGCAUUUCCCCUUCGAUAGCGUGGGGAAGAUAAACUGCUCCGAUGGCUCCGUCGCCACAUGGUCGGCCGGAAGGCGGCGGUUUCUCGGAGAGCCCAUAUUUGUCCCUCGCAAAGGCUCCGCCGGCGGCGAAGACGACGGCUACAUCUUAGUGGUGGAGGUGAGAAAACCAACCACACCCCAGUCCGUGGAUAUCCCACAGGAUCGACCAUUCAUCUGCUAACCUUUCCAAAUCCGGGGACUCUCCCUCCUGCAGUACGCGGUUUGGAUGAGUAGAUGCUACCUGGUGAUACUGGACGCGAGGAACGUCGGAAGAACUGAGGCCGUCGUGGCGAGGAUCGAAGUCCCGAAGGACCUCAACUUCCCCCUCGGAUUCCAUGGAUUCUGGGAAGGAAGAACUGAAGACUCGCCAAGCCAGGAGUGUCAACAUCAUCCGCCGUCGUCUUCCUCCAUCAGUCUCCCCCUGGUCGCGUCUCGGAAUUACUAA